AUGGUGACCAUGGCGGUUCCUCAACUGAUGCCCAUGUCAAUGUCGCCACAGACCCGUCCGAAGGAGGUAGGCCAUGCAGCUUUACAGUGGGUGAGAGGUCGUAGAGGAAGGGUCUUCGUGCUAUCAAUGCUGUUGGCUCUGGUGAUCUUGAUCGUGGGGGGUGCAAGCAACUCAAAAACGAUCGCUACAUCAUAUCAAGCUCUUUCGUCAAAUCACCAGUUCCCGUCCUGGCAUUCUCACACUGGUCAUUUACCAGCAUACUUUACAUCGCCGUUGAACCCAUCCAAUGCAUCUCUUGAUCUGGAAAACAACAGCGUCUAUCACGUUCCUUCCCAUCUCAAUAAAGCGACUCCAAACUUCCAUCUUGUGAUGCCAGCUCUCGAAGACGGGAUCGACUUCUGCAAAACAUCACUGUCAGCCAUGAUACUCAAUUACCCUCCACCAACUAUAGUUGGAUUGAACGAGAGGUUUGGAUCAGAAGCACAGAAGGAGAAGGCGCAGCUGAAAGAGAUACACAGAUAUCUGACAAAUGAUAAACUGGUCAACGACGAGGACAUGAUGCUCAUAGUGGAUGGAAAGGAUACCUGGUUCCAGCUUCCCAGUGAUGUUUUGAUUAAGCAGUAUCAGAAUCUGCUGGAAGAUGCGAAUAGAAGGCUGGACAGACUAUAUGGCAAUCGAUAUAAACAGACCAUCGUAUUUGGCGCAAAGAAGAUUUGUCGGGACGAUGAGAUUGCCUGCCAUCAUGUGCCAGAGCCUAUGCUUCCAUUCGACGUAUAUGGAAAGAAAACAGGGAAAGAUAAGAGUACAAUGCUGGCGAAGCACAUAGACUCUACGAUGUUGAUGGGCCCAGUGAAAGAUAUAAGAAGGCUAUAUGGAGAAGCUGUGCGCAUAAUCGAGGAACGGAAGAGCCAGUUCAUGACUGUCCACUCAGUCAUGGCUACCAUAUUUGCAAAACAGCAGAUGGCGCGUAACAUGCAUCGGGGACAGUUCAAAAUCACUCAAGCUACCAACAACCUGUUCAAUUGGCUUCAUCCGAGCUUCUCAAACUCGAUAACCGCGCUGAAAGAGCACGAGCAAGGCCUGACACUCGAGGAAGGUCACGAAUACGAGAUGAUGAUUGGUCUUGAUUACGCCCACGCCCUGUUCCAACCCUUUGAGUACUCUGCCCACGAAGAGCUUUUGUCGCUCCGUCACGACGGAUCUACCGACCUAUCCAAGCUUCACCAUCCAGGCACAUCCACACCACCACUCACCGUCCCCAUUGCGCUCCACAACACUCUCCUACCAUACUGGACCCCGGAUCACACGCGAAACAAUCCCUCCCCCAACGAGAAACCAGUGUACAUCGACCAUCUCGAAUUUCAGCAAAACAUCGACAACCUCCCAGACCGCGAAACGCCCUGGACCUCAACAGCCUUAGUUCAAAAUACAUACACCGGUACCAUCCCGGCUGCUUUCCACAUUGACGACCGUGAGUCUUUCUCCCUCCCUGGACUAGCCGCAAUUUCCGACAACACCCCUCCACAUGCUCCCAACAUCUCAUGGACCUCAUUCUGGUACUCGGGCCAUGAACGUGCACUCCUACGAAAUUAUUUCCGCCUCUCGCAGUCAUCAGUAGGAUACCACAACGUCGCCGUAGGCGGGGACCGUCUUUGGGAUCAACGUGGUGGUAGAGGCGGCGUUUGGACUGCUAAAGAAGGACUGUGGCUUCCUUGGGGUGAGGUCGAUGGCGUGUGUGGGUCUGUUGAUCUUCUCGAUAAGAUCUUUACAGAUGGAAAGGGCGUUUGGCUGCAUGAGGCGGAUGGCGAGAAGGGUGUGGAGGAUCGAAGGAAAGCCGAGAAAGAGUAUUUGGAGGCGCUGGAGAAGAAGAAGAUGAAUGAAGAAGAAAAGGCGAAAGAAGAGAUCCUGAAAGCAAAAGAGGAGGCGGAGGCUGACGGGGCGGGUGAAAGCAGUGAAGGAGAGAAGAAUGAGGAGACCACGGAGGGAGAUGGCGGACUUGGAACUGAGAGUGAGCGCCAGCAAGAUGGAGGAGAACAGAACGGGGGUGACGAUACUGGAAACGAAAAAUACGAGGCAGAUCGUGGCGGAGAAGAAGAUGAUCAGCUGGACCGCGAAAGUUCGGAACAGGGCGAUAAUGAGAAGACAGGAGAAGAAGUUGACAGUGAAGAGGACCACCACGACAACAACGAGUAG